AUGCAGUUCGCGCGGACCGCACGGCUCGCAUUCUAUGGCGGUGGGAUAUUCGGGCCCCUGCUCACCAAGUGGCUCCAGCUCCUCAACCGCAUCACCUUCCCCUCCCCCAUCAAGGGCGUCAUCUACAAGGUAUGGAUGGACCAGACGAUGUUCACCCCAGCGGUCAUCGGCAUCUUCUUCGGCUCCAUGAUACUCCUCGAGGGCAAAGGCAUCGCCCAAGCGCAAGAGCGCAUCAGCGACGUGCGUCCCCCCUCCGUUCACCCAGAGACACGCGCUUCGCACCGCUCUCAGGCUUGCGACGAGGCUUUCCUAUAA